AGUCCUCUCUCUUUAUGCAUCAUUACACCCGUCUGAAAGAAUGCUUUUCUUACUCUGAGAGUUUUCUCUCUCUAGAUAAAAACUACUACCUAGUCUUGCACGAAUUCUGUCUCUAGUUUCGUUCCCAUAACAGGAAACCGUGAGGGAAUUCUCUUUCUAAGAUUUUGUGUCAUCUCAAUAAUUCAUCUGAAGCUUGCUCUUCAGUGGUCGGUUGGAUAAUCCAUUCCAGGUUUGGGGUCUUUGGUGUGAAACCGAUGCUUUCUCUCUCUAGCUUCGGAGAAAUGCUCUCUCUCUCUAGCUUUAUCUUUCCCUGGAAGAAAGCCUAGAUAGAGCUUCAUUUCCAUAGACAGAGCAUCGUGUUCUUUUUGUUGUUUUCUGGUUGAGCUGGUGAGUGAAUUAGGGUUUGGGGUAAUCUCUCUGCGACGAAUGCCUUUUCAUUGCUGUUUACUUUCUCUCUCUGACUCUGUAAAUCUCCUAUUUCCAGAUAGAAGUUUGAGUCUCAUUCAUUAUCUUAGCCGAAAGAACCUUCAGAGUUUCUCUAUCACCAUGCCCGGUUCACUGCAUGGACAAAACUAGAGUUUGGUCUCUUUUGUUCAAUACAAAUGCCCACUCCUUGCUAGCUCCUUCUCGCUCUUUAUAAAGAGCAUAGAAAGAGCUUCUUUUUAUAGGUCGAUUUCAUUCUCCAAGAAGCCCUAGCUUUGCUCAUCUGUGUUCUGGUCAAAUCGAUUGUGGAAUUACGGUUUGGGUGAGGGUUUGUAAUGGAUCCACCAGAGCAAAAAGAUGUUGUUAUGGGGGAGUCAGAGAUGGCUCAGCCAAACACUCAGCAACCAGGCAUGGAUGUCCCAUCGGUUACCACUCACGGUGGAAGGUUUGUGCAAUAUGAUAUAUUUGGGAAUGUGUUUGAGGUCACUGCUCAUUACCAGCUCCCAAUAAUGCCAAUUGGGAAAGGAGCUUACGGAAUCGUUUGCUCUGCCUUCAAUUCAAAGUUGAAUGAGCUUGUUGCGAUAAAAAAGAUUGCCAACGCAUUCGAUAACAAGAUGGACGCCAAGCGCACUCUUCGAGAAAUCAAGCUUCUUCGACAUAUGGAUCAUGAAAAUGUUGUGGCAAUUAGAGAUAUAAUUCCUCCUCCUUCUAGGGAGACCUUUAAUGAUGUUUACAUUGCUUAUGAGCUCAUGGACACUGAUCUCCAUCAGAUCAUUCGCUCUAAUCAAGCCUUAUCAGAGGAGCACUGCCAGUACUUCCUCUAUCAGCUUCUGCGUGGUUUGAAAUACAUUCAUUCUGCAAAUGUUCUUCACCGUGAUUUAAAGCCUAGCAACCUCCUUUUGAAUGCCAAUUGUGAUUUAAAGAUAUGUGAUUUUGGGCUUGCUCGUGUCACUUCUGAGACCGAUUUCAUGACAGAGUAUGUUGUCACAAGAUGGUACCGGGCACCUGAACUGCUGCUAAACUCAGCAGAGUAUACAGCUGCCAUCGAUGUCUGGUCAGUUGGUUGCGUUUUUAUGGAGUUGAUUAACCGCCAGCCGCUAUUUCCUGGAAGAGAUCAUGUGCACCAGCUGCGUUUAUUAAUGGAGAUGAUUGGCACCCCAACUGAAGCUGAAUUAGGAUUUGUGAAUGAUAGUGCGAGAAAAUACAUUCGGCAGCUUGUUCAAUAUCCUAGACAGUCACUGGCUGCAAGAUUCCCAAAGGUUCAUCCAAUGGCCAUUGAUCUUGUGGAGAAGAUGCUGACAUUUGAUCCGAGGCAAAGGAUUACUGUCACGGAUGCACUUGCUCACCCAUACUUGGCAUCUUUGCACGACAUUAGUGAUGAGCCUGUUUGCCCGACUCCAUUUAGCUUUGAAUUUGAGCAGCAUGCUCUCACCGAGGAUCAGAUGAAAGAGCUCAUCUACCGGGAGUCUUUAGCCUUCAACCCUGAAUACACCUAGUUCAUGUUAGCUCAACAGCGUAAGUGCGAGAAUGGUGGCCAAAGCCACACAAGAAUAGUAAAAUGGUGGUGGUGGUGAAGAGGGGUGGUGAAUGGUCGUGUGUAUUUUCAGACUUGUGGUGAUUUGAGCUCCUAACCAUCGACUAUACCAAUCUUAAAAUUGGGGAAAAAAAAUUGAAUAUGCACAGGAUUGUUCCCAAGAUUGGGUUUUAGUUGGAUGUGCAGAGAUAAAAUCACUACAUGACCGUACUUAAAAUACUCGUGAUCUUAUAGUUUGACAAGGUUAAUGGAGAUAAGUUAUAUACGUUGAUUCUCGAUGUCGUUCCCUUGCUAGCAGAUGGUUUUGUGGGCCGAGACAGUUGAAUAAUGUUCUGGCAGAUGGCCCACAUCUUUUUUAUUUUGGUUGUUGACCUCAUUGUUACGCCAUGAUUCCUGUAAUUACAGUACUGUCAGUAGUAGCUGUACACUAUGACAAUGAGGGGAGAUUCACUAAUUCCGGUAGAUAUCUCUCUUUGUUGUGAGAGACCUCAACGUUUUAAACCUUGGGCUUUGUUCUGACAAAGUCUAAACGAGCCGAUCUGACCUUUUUCUUUUGAGAUCCACAAUGCAGAAUGGUCGUCAUCGGACGGGAUAAGGAUAUGGGAAAUUAAAUAUUUCAAUUCUACUCUCAUUUAAAGUGAUUUUUUCUA